AUGGUGGUUUAUCCCCGCUGGCGCGGGGAACUCGACAGAACGGCCUCAGUAGUCUCGUCAGGCUCCGGUUUAUCCCCGCUGGCGCGGGGAACACACACGCCCUUAUCAAAUAGCUGUGAUUUACCUACGGUUUAUCCCCGCUGGCGCGGGGAACACAUAGACCCCGAACAACAAUACGCGCAAACCGACGGUUUAUCCCCGCUGGCGCGGGGAACACUACCGUACAGACUGCCGGAUAUUAUUUUUUUGCGGUUUAUCCCCGCUGGCGCGGGGAACACCUGCUGCUCGAGCUGGUGGAGUGCUGCUAUAGCGGUUUAUCCCCGCUGGCGCGGGGAACACAACGUCAGGUUGUCGCCGCUCUGCGUGGUCGCCGGUUUAUCCCCGCUGGCGCGGGGAACACUGCAUGGCUUUGGCUUCCUCUUUGACGGACGCCGGUUUAUCCCCGCUGGCGCGGGGAACACAUAUAUCAGAGCAAAAAACAAAGCCACAGCCACGGUUUAUCCCCGCUGGCGCGGGGAACACCAUAAAGAAACUAUUUUGCGUUUCGUUCAGGUCGGUUUAUCCCCGCUAGCACGGGGAACACUUUUACAGUGUCAACAAUCGUUCCCUGAUUGUCGGUUUAUCCCCGCUGGCGCGGGGAACACCCGCCGUUGGCACCGUCAAACUCCGGUACUGUCGGUUUAUCCCCGCUGGCGCGGGGAACACUAUAGAGAUCGUUUUUGGAAUUUACAGCGAGGCGGUUUAUCCCCGCUGGCGCGGGGAACACCCGUAAGUGGUUUGAGCGAUGAUAUUUGUGCUCGGUUUAUCCCCGCUGGCGCGGGGAACACUCUAAACAUAACCUAUUAUUAA